CCUUGAUAAACUGAGGAUCAACAUAACUGCACGUACAAAAAUGAAAUGACGGCUGCAGACCAAAGCAACUGCAACAGUUUUUACCAGUCUGAAUUAUUAUGCUAUGUUUGGCAUUUGAACAGGGGUCCGCCAUUUCUGGCAGGGCUCGGUCCGGUUCUUUCCUACGCUCGGUUUAUCUGGACCGGCAUAGGAACAGCAAGCAACUACUACAACGAGAAAUACGGCAGCAUUGUGCGGGUGUGGAUCAACAGCGAGGAGACCCUCAUCAUCAGCAGGUCCUCCGCAGUGUAUUAUGUCUUGAGGAGCGCACACUACGUCGCCCGAUUUGGGAAUAAAAAAGGCUUGGAGUGUAUCGGGAUGGAAGGGAGGGGAAUUAUUUUCAACAGUAAUGUGGAACUCUGGGAAAAAGUCAGGAGUUAUUUUUUGAAAGCCCUGACAGGACCCGGUCUAAAGAGGACAGUUUCUAUCUGCAUGAGUUCCACAGCAGAACAUUUGGACCACCUCCAGGACACGACGGACCCGUCGGGACACGUGGACGCUCUCAAUCUGCUGAGAGCCAUUGUGGUGGAUAUCUCAAACAAACUAUUCCUCAGGGUCCCUCUCAACGAGAGGGACUUGCUGCUGAAGAUCCAAAACUAUUUUGAGACUUGGCAAGCAGUGCUGAUUAAGCCGGAUAUAUUCUUCAAAAUUGGAUGGCUCUACAAUAAACAUACAAAAGCAGCCCAGGAGCUACAAGAUGCAAUGGAGCUACUUCUCGACUUCAAAAGAAAGACUAUAAGAGAAGCGGAGAAGCUGGACGACGAGCUUGACUUUGCAACGGAGCUCAUCUACGCUCAGAACCGAGGGGAGCUCUCUGGCGACAACGUGAGGCAGUGCGUGCUGGAGAUGGUUAUCGCCGCUCCGGACACUCUCUCCAUCAGCCUCUUCUUCAUGCUGAUGCUGCUCAAACAGAACCCAGAAACGGAGCGCAGCCUGGUCGAGGAGAUGGAUUCCGUCAUCAGUGAAAGUGGAGCACAAAAUGUGGAUUUUGCACAUCUGAAGGUGCUGGAUGUUUUCAUCAAUGAGUCGUUGAGGUAUCAUCCGGUGGUUGAUUUCACCAUGCGCAAAGCUCUGGAAGAUGAUGUCAUCGAAGGCAUCAGCAUUAAAAAAGGAACAAACAUCAUCCUUAACAUCGGUCUCAUGCACAAGACAGAAUUUUUCCCGAAACCCAAAGAGUUCAACCUCCGCAAUUUUGACAAAACGGUUCCCAAACGUUUCUUCCAGCCGUUCGGAUGCGGGCCUCGCUCCUGCGUGGGCAAGCACAUCGCCAUGGUGAUGAUGAAGGCCAUCCUGGUGACCCUCCUUUCCCGUUUCAGCGUGUGUCCUCGCCAAGGUUGUACCAUCAACAGCAUCAGGCAGACUAACGACCUGUCCCAGCAGCCAGUGGAAGACGAGCACAGCCUGGCCAUGCGCUUCAUCCCGAGAAGAACACGACGUGCAUACGCUCUCCACACCGACACCGUCGGUUCUGACUACCUGCUCGGCUGAAGAAUCAUUGCACAUUUUUAGCUCAUUCAUAGCGUGAGAUGAAAAUUCACAGUAAAUUGGCACCGUAAGUUGAGCUGUAACAUCUGGAGGGCCACAUGUAAAGCACUGUAAAUCAUUGUGUUGAAGUUAAAAGUAAUCUGUACUCAAAUACAGUAAUACAUUGUAUGUUAGUAACCACUAACCACCUUAUUUCAUCAAAAUAAACCAGCUCAUUACAGUGGUGCCUUGAGAUACGAGUGACCCAACGUUGCACUUUACAGCAGGCAGUAGUUUGGCAGAUGCUGAACAUUCAUUCAUUUUCCGUACCGCUUAUCCUCAC